CUUCGACUUUGAUAGACCUCAGCGUUGCUUCUCUGUUUGGAUUUCAACUUGUUUGGGUUUGAUGAGAAAAAAAAUAGCGUUGCGCUCGUUUUGCAGUCCGGAGCACUUGGACGUCGAGCUAAUAAUAAACACAACAUCCACCCAUCCAUUAAGGCAGCCUCCCCAGAGGCUACCACCCACCCUUUCUUCCCCCACCCCUGAACAUCUUUCCACCUUCUCUUCGCUCUGCCUCUUUCAAGAGCUGCUUCUUCUCAGUUCAUCUCGCUGUUUGUUAAUCUUCCUCUCACGCCCUUUCACCUCGCUACGAUGUCUUCGGAUGACCUAUUGGAUGCCGACCUCCGAGCAGCCAUUUCCGCUUCUCUGGCAGAGGCGGGCCAUCAAUCCGAGCAAUCUAGCAGGCCACGAAGCAUUCAGUUUGUUGAUCUGACCGCUGAUUCUGAUAGCGAUGACGAUGACAUUAUACCCGUCUUUCCAAAGUCGCGGUCCGUGAUCGGCUCCGACACAGAAGAGGAGGAUUAUGAGGAUGACGAUGAGGCUUUGCGAGCUGCCAUCGCCUUAUCGAUCCAAGAAGCUGGCGGACAGAUUUCGGAUAUUAAUUCUUCUGGGGGCUCAGAAAGCACUUCUUCUGAAGCCUCGCAAAGUACUGACUCAGAAGAUGGCGAAAGCCAGGACACUGACUCUCCGUCCGUAACCGAGGUUGAAGCUAGACCGAGCAGCCAGGAACCGGCCAGGCCGAUGGGUAUCCUGGGUUUGGACAGAAGGCAAAUGGAGGAAGAGCGCCUCGCACGCCUGGCGAAGAGGAAAGCCCAGGACACUACCUUGGCUGAUCAGCGUCCGACAAAACAGUCCAGAACUAAUUCGGCUUCGAAGACUUCGGUCUCCGAACCAAAGAGAGCUACUAGAUAUGUGACUACAUCCCCGUCCCAAGCUGGAAGCUCUAGCUCGACGCCAUCCUCGUCACCAUCUAUCCAAUUUCCAGAGGGCGUCGUCAAGAAGACAUGGGCCUUCGGUAGUCUCCGGCAGGGCGACGACAUAAAAAUCGGGGAAGUGUUCCAAAAAUCCGAUCUGCAGCUUGCUGUUCUGAGCUCAUAUAUGUGGGAGAUGGAAUGGCUCUUUUCAAAGAUGGAUAUCGGACGCACUCGGUUUAUCUUGAUGAUGCAGGCCGAGGAUGAUGCCAAGAAACGCCAGUACGAAUCAGAAACGGCGUAUAUGCCUAACUUGCGACUAUGCUUCCCUCCCAUGGACGGGCAAGUAAAUUGCAUGCACUCCAAACUCAUGCUAUUAUUCCAUCCGGGAUACCUGCGUAUCGUCAUACCAACGGCCAACUUGGUUCCAUUUGACUGGGGCGAGGAGAAGGGCGUCAUGGAGAAUACUGUAUUUUUAAUUGACCUUCCUGAGAAGCGGAACACCCUCUUCGAUGGCCAGCCAAAGACGUCUUUCUACGAGGAACUUGUCUAUUUCCUGGAGGCUAGCACGCUUCAUGAUAACAUCGUGGCUAAGCUCGAUGGAUUUGACUUUAGCAAGACGUCAAAGUUUGCAUUCGUCCACUCCAUCGGUGGCACGCACACCCGCAGCAGGUGGAAAAGAACCGGCUACUGCGGCCUAGGGAGCGCAAUCGAGAAACUGGGACUCCGUACGUCCUCGCCAAUAAAUGUGGACUUUGUCUCCUCCUCCCUCGGCGCUAUCACGGACGAGCUCCUCCGCACAAUAUAUCUCGCCUCACAGGGAGACAACGGACUUACAGAUUUCACCCUCCGCACCGCAAAGAAAUUUCCGGCGCCACGACGCGACGAUUCCUCCGUCACAAUCAAGAAAGAGACGGCGGCCGAAUGGAAAGACCGUUUCCGGAUCUAUUUCCCCUCUCAGGCCACCGUAAACUCGUCGAAAGGUGGUUCCGGCUACGCAGGCACCGUCUGCUUCCAGUCGAAGUGGUUCGAAAGCGUUAAGUUCCCACGCCAUGUACUUCGUGACUGCAAAAGCCAGAGAGAGGGACUCCUGAUGCAUAAUAAGAUACUCUAUGUCCGACCCGAUGACCCUAUCUCUCUAUCAGAUACCACACAAUGCCGAGCGUGGGCUUACGUGGGAAGUGCCAAUAUGUCUGAGAGUGCUUGGGGCCGUCUCGUCCAAGACCGUGCCACAAAGACUCUUAAAAUAAACUGCCGAAACUGGGAAUGUGGUGUUCUAGUCCCCAUCAUUGAAGAUAAGAAAUCCGGCCCCAGCCCCCAGAAUGAGCACAAGGGGUCCGAAACAACCAAGGGUAAGGGGAAAGCGCCUGCGUCGUCUGCAUUGAGUGACGAUGGCGCCAAUCUCGUAUCUGUGUUCGGGGAUACGGUCCCAGUUCCGAUGCAAGUUCCUGGGGAGCGAUAUCAAAAUGGGCAAAAACCGUGGUUUUUUAUGGAGAUGUGAAUCUGCAUUAUCUGAGACGAUUUGAUGUUAUUUGGGUUGAUUGGCGGAGGAAUGUAAUGAUGGACUGGAUCGGGUCCUAGCUCAAGAGGAGGAAGAAGGAGGGAAGGUCUUGGUUGGCUGGUUAAUUGAUAGAUGAUUGAUUGAUGAAUUUAGGCAAGCAGGCGGACAUUUUUUUAUUGGGAUGGAUAGGAUAGGCUAGGUUGGCUUGACUUAGCUUAGGUGGAUUAUGAUAAUAACAUUGAAUAC